GAGACCGAUUUGCGGGCCCACGUUGAUGCGACGAGGAGGGAGGUCAUGGCUGCCAUCGCAUCCAUCCAGUCCAGCGUCACGGCUCUCUCCCGCACGUUCGCCUCCCACGCUGAGGGCAUCGAUCGACAGGUUGAGGCUCGAAUGCACCGAGUGGAGUCCCGAGUCGAGGAUCAUGGCAACAGAUUGCAGUACCUUGAGAAGCAGAUUGAGCACCUGCAGCGACAGCUCCAUAUUGUCAAGACCGAACCGCCCCCCCCGAAGAUCGAGCUGCCGAACGGCUUCAACCGCCCGACGGAUCCCACCAUAUUGGUUGUGCGUUCAAAGGAAUUGGUUACCCAUCAAGCGGUCUGCGACGCCAUCAAGUCUUGGAUGCAGGACGCAGCCUUGGACGUGGACGACUUUGAGGUCCUGCGCCCUGAAGAUGGCCCUGCAGCGAAAAGAUUCAUCAUUCAGUUCACGGGCCAGCAGCACCUCGCCUCCAGAGCUCUCCGCCAGGCGAUGGCUGCAAUCAGGCAGAGAGAUAACACGUGGAGACGUUUCUUUGCGGCCCUUCCCACGGGCGGUCAGACAGACCUGUUCAUCAGCAUCGACAAGAACCAGGCCACCAUACGCAGAGAGCUCGGUCUCAAACUCAUUCGCAGAGAAUUUGAAGCUGAAUAUCCCCAGCAUCGGUUCUACACGGACAAAGAUCGCGGUGAACUCUCCCUCGCAUGGAAGAAGUUAUUGCGUUUUACCCCUGCACCGCCUGGUGCUCAGCCGUCUGUGGAAUGGAACAUCCCGAACUUGCAGGCCCUGGGCCUCGACAAGCAGCGGCCUUGGCUGGGUCCUGGCCCCACCUCGGCUUCGCUGUGCUUUGCCAGUUGGAACGCUAAUGCUCUCUUCCACUUCGACCCCUCCACCAAGUCCAAGAAGUUCCACUACCUCUCCUCCCUCAUGUCUCCCACGUCCAUCGUUGCUGUACAGGAAACGCACGGCUCAGAGGCAGAAGCCAGGAACAUGAUUCAUUUUCUGCGCAAGCCGUACAUUUGCCACGCCAGUUUUUUGCCGAACGCUGCCGGAGGGGUUCUCACGAUGAUCCCUGAGCACAGGUUUGAAGACUUUGAGGUUGACUCGUCAAGUGAACCUCUGGUGCAGGGCAGGGUACUCUUUACAGACAUCCAGAUCGAUGGGGGUUCAGCUUGGAUUGCUCAUUACAAUAUCCAUAAUUAUGGGCUCCAGAGGCACGAGAAGAUCCAGAUAGCUAACCACAUUCUUGGGAAACUUCAGGAGGCCAAAGAGGACCCGCUCAACAAAAUCGUCGUUCUCAUAGGGGACUUCAACAUCGCCGCCGCACCCCCAUCCCCAGUCAAUCCUGCCAGUUUUGUUGCUCCUGGAGAAGGGUACCUGACCUGGAGGGCCACACAGGACGCCAUCUGGAGGAACCUUCUUGGGAAGUUAGUUGAAAUUGAGCAGCUUGACCCCACCCACGUGUACAGGCCGAAUGACACGAUGAGCAUCAUUGAUAGGGCCUUCACUUCUCUUCCUGGGUGGGCUCUCAAGCAAUUUAACGUAUGUGGGGUGACGCAGGGUCUCGCUGAGGUUGUGAUCCAUCAACGGCUUUCUGAUCACGCUGCGAUUAAAGUUGACUUUCACCCUAGUGGCCAAAAACACCAUAAAGAGCGAGCCAUUAAUCGAGACCUCUUCGGCACCCCUGAAUACGCCAGGUUUGUACAGGCUUACCUCCAGUGCGGGGACAUCGAGCAGUACUCGCCGCCGAUCCGCCUUUUGUUUCUUAAGACGCUGAUGAAAGAGGGUGCCAGAUUUGCUCGCAAUGCUUCCUUGGGACAGGCUUCGGACUCUAUCCUGGGGCGUAUCAUUCUCUGCCGCUCGAUUUCCAGGGCUGUCUGGCGUCAAGACCUCACCUUGGGGAAUAAACUCAUCAAGGCGUACCCUCUUGCUAAGCAGUUCCUUCAGACUGACGCGGAGACGAACCGUAUCUACUUGGAGAACCCUGGGGCCUUUGCUGACCUGAUCAAUUCUCUGGAAACGACUGACCACAUGAACAAGAUAAAACGUCUGGGCAAAAAUCUCUCGGAAGCUCCAGAAUCAGAGAAGAAGAAGUUACGGCAACGUCUCCGUCGUCUGCAGAGGCGGGCGAAGUUGUGGGCUCCCUUCGACCGCCGCCUUCUUGUGCGCGGUAUUCGCCGCAAUGAUCAGCUUCUCUCCGAUCCGCUGGACAUGGCUUCAGCGAUCAGCGAGCAUUGGGGCAAGAUUUUCAAUGCGAAGGAUACCCCUGUGGAAAAGGCACGGACCUACAUCCAGAGGUUCACAGGUCACAUCGACCUGAAUCGCAUCCCGCCCCCGACCAAGAGCCUGAUGUCUGCGAUCCUGAGAAAGCAAAAUCACAGCGCCCCUGGUCCUGACUGUAUCCCGUACGCCGCGUGGCAGAAGACUCCCCAAGCCCUUGAGACCCUCUCGGAGAUGAUGUUCUGGCUCCUGGACGGUGGCUGGGCCCUCUGGGGCUUCAAUCAUCUGCUAGGCGUGUAUAUCCCGAAAGGUGAGGAGGAGGGAGAUCAAGAUGGAGGAGGUUGCGUUCGUGACUGUGAUAAGCUUCGACCCCUGGGCCUCAAAAACACUGAUAACAAGCUCAUCACCGCCGCCAUCAUGUCCUCGUUCUCCAGGGAGUGGUCUAAGAUUGCGAAUAAACUUCAGCGAGGUUUUAUCCAGGGACGGCAAUUUGGGACCAACAUAGUCGAAUUGGACGCUUUUGCCAGAUGUUACUCGAUGGUCCCAUCUGCAGGCACGGACCUGCCGCUCAUUGCCUCCUUCGACUUUGCGCAGGCUUUCCCAUCGAUUUCCCAUCGGUGGAUGCUGCUGGUCCUCGAAGAAAUCGGCCUUCCACCCCCGCUGCUGGCUUAUAUCGUCUUACUGUACCAGGGCGUGAUUUGUUACUCGGAGUUUGGAGGUAUGAUUUUGUUUAUGUUUCCUAUCCUCGCUGGAAUCAUCCAAGGGUGCCCAGGCUCGGGAACGUUGUUUGCGGUUAGCAUGGAACCCUUCGUGGCAGACUUUGAAUCGACGAUAGAGCGGAAGCAUCGCGGGAUAGUCAGACUCUGCGCUGAUGACAUAGGCACGGCCCUCAUCAAGCUGCAGUACCUUAUGCAGUUGUUCCGCAUAUUCGGCCUGGCGGCCCAGCUUGCUGCUCUGCAUCUGAAUCUAUCCAAGUGUCAAAUACUUCCCCUGGCAGGCCCCAUCUCGGACCCGAUCAAACAGCUAUACAGAAUGAAGUUGAAAGCUCUUAUCCCGUCCUGGUCCGCCUUCGAAAUUGUCGAGGUUGUCAAAUAUUUGGGUAUGUUCAUCGGGCCCGAG